UGGCGAUCCAACUUUUGCAUGUUCGGGCCGGCGUGGUUCGAAGCCCAUCGGAAGCCGGCGGUAGCGCCCGUGGCCAAGACCAAGGUCCCGUUCGACCGGCAGGCCUUCGUCGCCGACGUCAAGGCCGCGGUUGAGGACACGGACCAGCACCACGACGCGGGCUUUGUCUGGGAGUACAAGCGGCGACGCGACUUUGCGGCGAGCGUCAUUGCUUCGUACAGCGCGUUUACAGACGAGCAGAAGCUCGACAUGCUGCUCGCGCUCGCUGUGGACCUCGGCAGCCAAGACAUGUCGCUGCUCGUGCGGUCGCUGCCAUCCCUGCUGCGGGCGCACCUCGUGUUCCAGGUGCUCGCGGCCGCGCUCGGCUUCAACCCACCGACGGACCUCGACACAUACAAGCACGUCAAGCACGGACUCGUGCCUGUGCCCGAGCACUUUUGCAUCCUUCUCGGGUCUGUUCCGAACGGCUAUGCGUUCCUGCUGCAGCUGCGCUCGGACCUCUCGCUCGGUCUCAAGAAGUACCAUCGCAUCUUGCCGACGCACGAGGUGAACGCGCUAAUGUACCUCGACUUGCUUUUGCGCGAUCUCUUUGCGACGCAGUCGGGCGUGCACUUUCGGAGCAUCGAUUUGAGAUCCGAGAACGCCGAAACGAUUGCGGUCGUGCUCCAGAAGGAGCGCGUGCACCGCAUGCGCAACUGGGAAGACCUCGAGCAGCGCUUGUCGGGCCCCAACCGGCGCUGCUACGGCAUGUUUCACUCCAACUUGCCGCACCAGCCGCUCGUCUUUCUUGAGACGAUUGUCACUACGGAGCUCUCGAGCAACAUUGACAGAAUUUUGUCGCCUGCGACGGGGCCGCCCGUGACGACGCCGACGCACGCGAUCUUUUACUCGAUUUCCAACACGCACUUGGGUCUUCGCGGCUUGAACCUCGCGAGCCACUUGCUCUUCCUCACCAUCACGCGCGUCGCGCGCACGUACCCGAGCGUGCACACGUUUGCGACCUUGUCGCCGGUCCCGUCGUUCCGCAGCUGGUUUAGCCACCAAGUGACAGCCAACCCGAUCAAGAAGCAGAGCCACCAGCUCUUGUGGUUUACGCCCGAGAACUUUCAAGUGCUCCAAGAAGUGUUUGGGGUCAACGCGCUCUCGGCCUCCAAGUGGCUCCGCAAGCAACUCGACGCGAACGAGUGGCACACCAAGCCCCACGCUAGCAUCUUUAAAGAGCUGGCCAAAGACGUGCUCACGCGGCUCUGUCUCAACUAUAUUCUCUUCGAGCGCGAGGCGUGCCCCGUGGGCGAAGGCGACGAUGGCCCGAACUUGCGCAUUGUCGACCCGGUCGCCAACUUUCAUCUGCAGAACGGCGCGCAAGUCGAGCGGCUCAAUUUCGACGCCGACCUCUCGAGCGCCGGGUUUGAGAACGCAUAUGGGCUCAUGAUCAACUACAAGUACUCGAUCAAGAGCGUCGACGUGACGUCUAUGUCGUACAAGCGCAACUCGACGGUCGCGCUCUCGCCGCCGCUGCUUCCGAUCCUCUGGCCGUCCCGCCACCCGAUCUUUGAUGAGAUCCAAGCGCUCGCCGCGGCCGGCGGCCCCAACAUUUUGAUUCUCGCCAAGCAAUACACCAAGGGCCAAGUCAUCAUGACCCGCGGCCAAGCGCCCCACGCCGUGUACUUCCUCUGGUACGCAAGACAAGGGCAAGGUCCACGUCGAGACAGCACGCCCUGCACGCUGGACCUCGGCAGCGUCUUUGGCGAGGCCGAGAUUCGAACGGGCGAGCCUGUGCGGUACACCAUCCGCGCGCUCACGCUCUGCCAUGUGCUCUUUGUGCGCGCGACCGAUAUGCAGCACGUGCGCAAGACGACGAAUGCGAGCAUGGCAAGUCGGUUGUAAGGGUAAUACAUAUAAGACUUAUAUAAAAGGGGG